AUGGGCGCCGGCGCCGGCAGCGUGAGGCGUGAGGCGGCGGCGCUGGUCUGGGUGCUGGUGCUCGCGGCGGCAGGCGGCGGCAGCGUCUGCGAGGCGCAGCUCCGGCGCGGGUACUACGCCGGCGUAUGCCCCAACGUGGAGUCCAUCGUUCGCGGCGUGGUGGCCAAGAAGAUCCAGCAGACUUCCACCACGGUGGGCGCCACGGUGCGCCUCUUCUUCCACGACUGCUUCGUCGAGUCCGGCGGGCCGUCGUACGCGGUGGAGCUGGGUCGUCUGGACGGGCUGAGGUCGACGGCGAGCAGCGUCAACGGGAGGCUGCCGGCGCCCUUCUUCAACCUGGACCAGCUCAACCAGAUGUUCGCCGCCAACGGGCUGUCGCAGGCCGACAUGGUCACCCUCUCAGCCGGGCACACGGUGGGGCUGGCGCACUGCGGCACCUUCGCGGCGCGGCUGCGGGGUGCCGACGCGACGCUGGACGCCGGGUACGCGGCGCAGCUGGCGGCGUGGUGCCCGGCGGGGGUGGACCCGCGGGUGGCCGUGGCCAUGGACCCCGUCACGCCGGUCACCUUCGACAACCAGUUCUUCCGCAACCUGCAGGCCGGGAAGGGCCUGCUGGCGUCGGACCAGGUGCUGCACACGGACCCCAGGUCCAGGCCCACCGUCGACGCGCUGGCCCGGAGUCGCGUCGCCUUCGAGCGGGCCUUCAUCGACGCCAUCACCAAGAUGGGCCGCGUCGGUGUCAAAACGGCGUGGGCCCAGGGGAACGUCCGCCGCGACUGCGCCGUGCUCGGCUGA